AUGGCGUUCUACGACAACCUAGCUGCCGUUGUCGAACCUCGCCGACUUUCUCUGUAUACGCUCCCGCCGGACGGCUCUCCGCCGUUGGUUAUUAACACAGAGAUCAUGUGUUUCGACCUCCGAGUCACUUCCGCCGCGAUUGAAUUUUCGACCGAAUGCUCGCCACGCACGGAACGUACACAUUCGGGCUCACAGCUUUCAAUCGCUAUCUAUGUCGCUGUAUGCGGUCCUUACGGGAUGCAUGUCUAUACCAUCCCUCCCGAGACGGUGGACGGCCAGCACCGCGCUAUCCACCUCUAG